AUGAAGCACUCGCUCGCCCUCCUAACGCUCGCCUCGAUAGCCCUCGGCUCCCCACUCCCUAACUACGGCGCGGACCCCUGUGCCUGCGACUAUUCCUGCACGGCGCAAGUCGGUGUGGACUGCUCCUGCGAACUCACGGCCAAAAACUUAUGCUACGCCAACCAACUCCUGCAAGGUCUCUCCUGCCCGCCUCCGACGCUCUCCCAGCAAUGCAACGAGGCGCACAACUUCAUCCUCACCAACGGCCCUUGCAAUGAUCUCACGCAGAACCCAUCGAAUCUCCCCUGUGGACCUGGACUGACAUGCAUAUUCGCCAAUCCUGCCCAAGCCAAUGGAGGAGGCACAUGUCAGCCCAUGAAGAUUGGAGCCGGAAACGGUCAACCCAAUACCGAAGUCAGCCAGCCCGUGGUGUCGGAGCCGGAAGCCGGGACCGAGGGCGGGGCAUGCGGAGCCGUUGCUGGUGGUGGAGAGGAGGGACUACAAUGUUUGAGACUCGCGGGUGAGGAGGUGGGCGUAUGUCGGAAGAUGGAGAACGCUGGGCCCAAACCAGGCACUGAUGGCGGAGAUUGCAUGCUCGAUGCUGCGAAACCUUGUGGCGAUGGACUCGACUGUCUGCGUUCCUCCCCACAGGAGAAGGGCGUCUGCCGUCCGAAGUUGGCAGCGGGACCAGGGACCGACGGCGGCGACUGCAGAACCGAUUCGGCACCUUGCGACGAUGGACUCGAAUGCCUGCGUUCUUCCCCACAGGAGAAGGGCGUCUGUCGUCCGAAGUUGGGAGCGGGAGCGGGAGCGGGGACUGAUGGUGGAGAUUGCAGAGCCGGUGCGACACCUUGUGACGAUGGACUCGAAUGUAUGCGCUCUUCUCCCCAGGAGACUGGCGUUUGUCGUCCGAAGUUGGGAGGGGGAGGGGGAGCGGGACCGGCACCAGGGGCCGAGGGCGGCGACUGCAGAGAUAAGGCACCUUUUUGUGACGAUGGACUCCUAUGUGGGAGUUCCUCUCCAGACGCGAAGCUCACCUGUCGUCCGAAGCUAGCAGGACGUCAGGUGUCGGAACCGGAACCAGGGACCGACGGCGGCAACUGCAGAACCAUCGGUUUGACAGCUUGUGACCCAGGACUCGACUGUCUGCGUUCCCCCCAUUCCUCCCCAUCGGAGCCUGGCGUUUGUCGUCCGAUACUGGUAGUACCAGGGACUGAUGGCGGAGACUGCAGAGUUGGUUUGGCACCUUGUGACGAUGGACUCGAAUGUCUGCGUUCCUCCCCACAGGAGACUGGCGUUUGCCGUCUGAAGCUGGGAGGACCAGGGACUGAUGGCGGAGACUGCAGAGCCGGUGCGGAACCUUGUGACCCGGGCCUGUCAUGUAUGCGCUCUUCUCCCCAGGAGACGGGCGUCUGCCGUAAGACGUUCGAUGCGGGACCAGGAACUGAUUGCAGAAUCGGUGUACCUUGUGGAACUGAUGGCGCUGAAUGCAGAGUCGGUCCGACACCUUGUGACCCGGGACUGGAAUGUCAGCGUUCUUCCCUACAGGAUAAGGGCAUCUGUCGGCGUUUGUCGCCCGAAGCUGGUAGUGUGCGGCGUCGAGGACGAGGACAAUGA